AUGGAGCAUGGGCUAAAAAACGAUAGGCAUUUUGCCAAUGAAGGUGAUCCUUAUGAUGAUUGCUUAACUUCUUUUUUCGCAGAAACUAAAGAAAAUGAAUAUGUUCCAAGAUCACUCUUCAUAGAUUUAGAGCCUACAGCUAUUAACGAAGUAAAAAGAGGAAUAAACGGCAGGCUAUUUCUCCCUGAACAAUUCAUUUCUGGUAAAGAAGACGCAGCAAGUAACUAUGCCAGAGGGUACUAUUCAAUAGGGAAUAGAGUAAUCGACGAAAGUCUCGAUAAAAUACGAAAAAUCGCUGAUAACUGCACAGGAUUGCAAGGAUUCUUCAUUUUUGAUUCUGUGGGAGGCGGGACUGGAUCUGGAUUUGGGUCAUUAUUGCUUGAAAAUCUUUCAUCUGAAUAUCCCAAAAAAACUAAAUUUAGCCUUGCAAUUUAUCCUUCUCCAAAGAUUUCAACUUCUGUACUUGAACCCUAUAAUUCAGUCCUUGCAACACAUCAACUGCGUGAGUACGCUGAUGUAGUUUUUGUGUUUGAUAACGAUGCAAUCAAUGAUAUAUGCAAGCAGCGAUUAUAUAUUUAUCAGCCAUCCUAUACCAACUUAAAUAAUAUAAUUGCUCAAGUAGCUUCUGCAAUGACUGCAUCCAUUCGAUAUGAAUCUUACAUGAAUACAAACUUGCAUGAAUUUCAAACAAAUCUCGCUCCUUAUCCAAGAAUGAAGUUUAUGCUUUCGUCUUAUGCUCCAUUUCUUUCUUCUGAGCGGGUGAUCUAUGAAAUUCCUUCAGUUUCAAAUAUAAGUGAAUCAGCAUUUGAGGCUUCAAGUAUGAUGGCAAAAUGCGACCCAAGAGAAGGAAGGGCUAUUUCUUACAAUUUAAUGUACAGAGGAGAUGUAGUACCAAAAGAUGUAUCUAUAUCAGUAAAUGCUGCAAAAGCAAAAGGGGCUUUUCAAUAUAGCAAUCAAUAUACCAAUAUUUUAAAAUGUGGGACUACCUAUUCACAACCUAUGGUGCUUCCUGGAAGCUGAAUGGCAAAGUUAUUGAGAUCUGUAUUGUAUAUUAGUAAUAAUUCAGCAAUUACCAAAGUAUUUUCACGAAUUAAUAAAGAUUUUGAUACAAUGUAUAGAAAGCAAGCAUUCCUUCACUGGUAUUGCAGAGAAGGAAUGGAAAAGGAAGAAUUCUGUGAGGCAAGGCAUGAUAUUACAGAUAUUGAAAAAGAUUAUGAAGAACUAUAG